AUGUCGACGCCAGCUACCCCAUCCGAGCCGAACCCAAGCACCAUCGUUUCUCGCAAGGUUGGGGCUGGCAUUCAGGCUCGACUUGCAAAGCUUCAAGGGGCUUCCGGGGCUCCCGCUGUAACGCGCGAGCCUCCAAAGAAGUUUCCAAACGGUUACGAUGAACCUUUCAAGGAACGCCUCGACGGAACGCUUCGGCGUAGCUUCUCAGGCACCUGGUCUGUCGCCGAUACAUCCCUAACCAGCGACGGGAGCCAUACACUCGUCGACUCUACCGCCCCGUCUCCAUCCAUUCAGCCCGUCCCUUUGGAGGAUCUCAAGCGACGACAAGUGUUUACACAGAAUUGGGAAAAAGAACAACAGGCUGUGACGCAGCUGGCGUCUCCCGAGCCACCCCGGAUCGCUACUAGUCCACAACCGAUCAUCGAGGAGCCUGAGCCCGAGGAUGAGCCUCUCCCUACACCAACAGUGUCCAAACCUGCGUCCAAGCCCCCUCUUACACCAAAUUUGUCCAAGCCCGAACCAGUUCCCAACAAAAAAGACCCCAAACAUGGUAUUCUCACACCACCCAUCUCGGAGCCCGAAGCUCGAGCUCAGGUUCCUAUUGUCAAAAAGCCUGAACCCGCAGCUGUCAAGCCCAAGACCCCUCCCAAACGUGCACCAAGGAAGUCGCAAGAACCCGCUCAGGCAUCGAGCUCGACUGCUCCGGCAAAGCCACCGCGUGCGACAACACCACCCAAAGCGACGAUUCCAGCUAAACCUUCAACUUCAACCCUCUUAUCUCCCCGAACCCCCAUCCGUCGCCCACGCGCCUCAGCACCCCCUACUCUCGCACCCCCUCGUGUUCCCCGAGUACAGCUGACUCCCUCUCCCCCUCGAGCACCCAAACCUCAGUCGCUCGCGCCUCAGCGACCCAAUACAUCCAUGACUCGUCGGGUAUUCAGCUCAAAGGUCCCCGAAAAGGUGGUUCCUCCUCCAAUAAGGCCAAGGGCGGUUAGUAAAGUGUACGAGGGCCCGACGGCAUCGAGUCUGGCCAAGCAGAAGGAAUCGGUUGCGACUCGGGGAGCACAGAGUCGAGCUGUAUCCCGGGCAAGCCUAUUCGGCCCCUCUGGGAUGAGCAACCAUUAG